AUGGCGCCUUCAAGAGGAGGCUCGCCUCAUGCUGAUGUCGACGACUUAUGCGAAAUCUGCCAAACCAUCGACUUCAGCGCUGCCAGCCGCCUGAACUCCUCUGAAAUCAUCUUCGAGUCUGAGGAAGGAUGGCUCUUCCGAGACCAUGGCAACUGUCCGCUAUGCACAUUAUGCCACUGGGUCUGGGAUGCAACGAACACAAUCAAGCCUACGUUCUCCGUGACUCUCUGCGUCUGGUCUAUUCGCGCGGAACAUCCCCGCUUCUACAUGCAGCUGCUUUCAAGGCGGCGUGGUCACCAAGCCACAGAUGUCGGCCUGGCGUCGUGGCACAUGAACCUCUCCGUCGAUGAUGAGGAUGGCAUCGUUGUUGACCCCUACAUCAACUACACCUGGCUAUCUGAGAGACUGGAGGGCCUGCAGGACGACAUGGCUACGACGAGAUGCGAAACACUUACCAGAUCUCCGAGGGCCGCAACCAAGAUCAGGCUGCUAGACUGCUACAGUCUAGCCAUCGUGGAUGCUACGACAGAUGCCGAGUAUGUUGCGCUGAGCUACGUCAUUGGUCGUUCAUCGUCGCGACAACGCAGGCCAGAACACGCCACGGGGCGAGUGACGCUAGAGUAUGCACCUCGGACGAUUCGCGAUGCAAUCGAGUUCACCAAGAAUCUGGGAAAGCAGUACUUGUGGGUAGAUCGUUAUUGCAUCCAGUACAAUGAUACGAUAGAACUCCGAGGAGAGCUUGCGAAGAUGGCGAGCAUCUUCGCAAACGCUUGGGCCACAGUGGUCAGUCUUGGCUCCAACUGCAACGAGGCCAUACCUGGGGUAAGUCAUGAAAGGACUGUGCCGUUCUCGACCAGGACUCAACAUGGGACUCUGGGAUUGGAUCUGGGCUCGCUCGGUACUGUGAUUUCGCACACUACUUAUGCUACGCGUGGCUGGGUGCUACAAGAGUGCCUCCUCUCGAAAUGCCUCAUCUAUGCCACAGAUGGCGCAGCAGCAGUCAUGCACGCAAGUGGCGCCUUCUGCGAAUAUGUCGAAAGCUCACAACUGAUAGACUCCGGCUGGCUUGACGCGAGAUCCGGAUGGAUGAACGCAAACCGACCAAUCUCAUCGUCUGGAUCAGAGAUGACGAUCAGACAUUUCUUCAGACACAUCAAAGACUUUUGCUCUCGAAAUUUGACCAGAGAGAGCGAUGCCCUUGACGCAAUCAGAGGUUACCUCAACAUUCUGCCGUGGAAGUCGCUGUGGGGAAUUGUCUGUCUCGAUGUCGGCCCCGGGAAGGACCUCGCAGAUAGCAGUAACACAGCACUAGGCUUCUGUAUAGGUCUGCUUUGGACAAACUCCCACGUCAAGAUCUAUACCCAUGGUGGAUCAUUCGAUGAGAUGGAGUGGGCCCCUAGACCCGCGGAGAUGGUCACGAAGUCCAAUGCUUUCCCGUCUUGGUCCUGGGCUUCUUCGCGCUGGGGAACACUUUAUGAUCUGCUCCCUCGCACUGAGCAAGAAUUCACCGUGGAGAAUUUUGCCACGGCCGCCCAAAUCUGUGUCAUACGAGCGAAUGGCGAAGGUCUUCCGCUUAACGUCUUCUUGGACUCCCACAGCGGCGGCCAGUUGCUGUCGGAAGAGACUCGCUUGUUGGAGAUCAAAGCACCUACGAUUGAAUACACAGUCUCCGAAUCACCUAGCAGUAAGAGACGCAUAUCCCUGAACAGCAUGGAUUCGGCUGCCACCAAAGCAGUGGAGCUCAUACGAACGCAGAUCUUCCAAGACUACCAUACACUCCCGACACAACCACCCCACAAGCCACCAGAGAAGAAAUUCUCACUAGCGAUGGUGCUGGCAACCUCCGACAGCAAGACACUCGAUCGGCGGAGCAAGACGCUAUGGACAGUCGCGGUCGAAGAUAGAGAAGGACUGUGGUACCGCACAGGUCUGAUCGUGUUCGAUCUCAGCGUCAAGCCUGGGUAUGAGAACAAUCUGGCGGAUAGAUGGAACGAAGUCGAAAAAUUUGUAGCCGAUCUACCUAUGCAGACUUUCUUGCUGGGUUGA